AUGUGCAUAUUUGCAGCACAAAAACAAAUCUCCCGACUCAACGAGUCUAUCAUUCAAAAGGCAGCUGUUGAUUAUCAGGAUAGAAAGAAAGGCGAGUUUGCAAACAAAUCUGUUGCGCUGGCUAUUCCUUGGACCUGCACUCGUCCCUUAAACCAAUUGAUAUCAAGUAUGAAUACAGAAACAAAUGCAGAUCUGUUGCAUUCAGCCAGCCAUUGCACCGGCAACUGUCCCUUCAGAUCGACCAGGAGGACAAAAUUGCAGUCAGAGUAUCAAGGUGGAAGUGCUACCAAGAUAUUUCAGCCAGCCCUCAAAAUCAAACGUACCUCAACGCCUUCAUUGUUCAAGGAUUUUCACAUCGCAAAAACGAUGCACGAUGUUAGAUAUUCUCACUCGUCGAUAUUCGAGGCAAGAGAAAAGAUUGAAUGCUACAUGCGCCCCGAGCGGCUGUCUAUUUCCAUGUGUUAG